AUGGACAUCCAACCGAGCACCACUCGAGCCAUUCGAGCUCAAGAUAAAACCACUAAUGAGCAUAAAUCCGAUUAUCCAACCUCAAAAUCUAUAUGGGUGCACCAAGCAUGCAAUACAAAAGCUAUUCUAUUCUAUUUCUCUCUAAUUUGUCAGAAACCCAUCUUAGCAGGCUUAGCUGGAUACAUUUUCUCAGAUCUUAUCACUGGAGUCUACCAUUGGAGCAUUGACAACUACGGAGAUGCCAAAACCCCAAUAUUUGGAUCUCAAAUCGAGGGUUUUCAAGGGCACCAUGAGAAGCCUUGGAUCAUCACUAGAAAACAUAUAGCCACCAACCUCUAUGAACUAUCCCAAAUCAUUACGUUAAUUUUCUUACCUAUUAACCUAAUUUGCAAUAACCCGAUUUUGUUAGCAUUUGUCGGAUCUCUCUCCACCGGUGUCUUAUUUUGCCAACAAUUUCAUGCAUGGUCCCACACAACAAAUAACAAAUUACCCACAAUAGUUGUGGCCUUACAAGAUUUGGGGGUGCUAGUGUCACGCUCACAACAUGCUGCCCAUCACCAUGCUCUUUUUAAUAGUAAUUAUUGCAUAGUGAGUGGAAUUUGGAACAAUUUUUUAGAUGAAAUUAGGGUUUUUGAGGCAUUUGAAAAGGUUAUAUUCUUUUGGUUUGGAGUAAAGCCAAGGUCUUGGAAUGAGCUAACUUGAAAUGGAAUGGGUAGAAUAUUGCAUCUCCUUCCUGAAAUUUACGCCUUCUUAAAUGUUUUGGAGGUCCUGUGCUACUACUGAAAACAAAGAACCUUAAAUCAUUUAAAUUUGUACAAAGUAAUCUUAGUAUUACAUAAAGGUGGUAUUAAUAACUACCAACAAAAAUUGCG